ACGCACUCAUACAGGAGAGAAGCCAUAUCAUUGUAAUAUCUGUGGUAAAACAUUCUCGCAAAAAGGUAACUUAACUAUGCACAAACGUACUCAUACGGGAGAGAAGCCAUAUCAGUGUGAUAUCUGUGGUAAAUCAUUCUCUCGAAAUUAUGCUUUAAAGAGACACCAACGUAUUCAUACAGGAGAGAAGCCAUAUCAGUGUGAUAUCUGUGGUAAAUCAUUCUCGCAAAAAGGUAACUUAACUAUGCACAAACGUACUCAUACGGGAGAGAAGCCAUAUCAGUGUGAUAUCUGUGGUAAAUCAUUUGCACAAAAUGCUAACUUAACUAACCAUGUAACUAGUAUUCAUACAGGACAAUGA